AUGUUCCGUGUGCUGUGUGUAACAGCUAUGCUUUGCUGCAUUCUCCAAGGAGAAGCAUUCAUCCUUCAUCACUCCGAGAAGAAACUUGCUUCUCUGCCCCCCGCCACUGUCUCUGAUAUACCUGUGAUCAAGAUGAACAGAUGCCAAGGGGAGCUGCUGAAGGAUAUCAGACAGAUGCUCCUGAAGGCACUGAACCUGGAAAAGGAGCCUCAGGUGUCUGGUGUUGAACUGAGCAGGAUAAGAGAGCAGUGGAAGGCUGCAUUUAAAGCCACCAACAACAGCACAACAGAGAUCCAAGAAGUCACUGGGGUUAGCACAACCUCCACACCAGAGAACCCUGGAAACAAUGAGUGGACCAACAAGACAGACAUGCACUGCUGUCAACUGGUUUCUAAAAUCUUCAUCAAAGAUCUGGGCUGGCAGAACUGGAUUAUAUAUCCAGAGAGUUUUAUCUACACCCACUGUGCACCCUGCUCUUCCCGAAUGGACUCAAUCUCCCAAAUUUGCAGAGCUCAUAGCUCUCCUUCCAAGAUGGAGUGCUGCCGAUCUGUGUCACAAGAGCUGGUUCCAUUCUUGUAUGUGGACAGGUUUGAAACACUGGUCAUCUCCUCCGUGUAUCUGCCCAAACAGUGUGGCUGCAAACCGGGCACUAACCCCCACCAUGUGUGA